UUCUAAGUCAGCCAUGCCUCGAUAAAAUUUGUUAAUUUCAUUCUUAUUUUAAAUUAAGAAAAUCAAGGAUGCUCGUGAUAACAAUUAGUCUUGCGUUCCUGAUGAGCGCAGUGUCUGCGGACUCCACUGGUCUGGGACAAGGAUUUUACCUUCCCGCUCUUUCUCUGGUCGAGGACAACGGUUACGGGAAGAGUGUGUUCGAGGCUGUGCCACCUGAGUGCAUUAAACCUGUUCCAUCUCUUGUCAACAGGGAAGAAAAAACAUUCUUCGAAAACACAAAAUCGUUUUACAGUAAGAUGGGUGUAGAAAGCUCGCUUUCCGGCGAAGUAACAGACGGGUUCACUCUUGGUGCAUCAAUUCAAUCAGCCAGUAAUUCUAUAGACAGUGAAACUCUGGAUGUUAAAGGAAUGAGUCUGGACGUUUAUGCUAUCACCGGUUUCUGGGACUUCAUUCCUGAUUGUUUAACUUCUGUUCCACUGGACGACGAGUUCGUGGCAGCAUUCGAGAGUCUCCCUGCAAAGAUAGAUGAUCCAGAUAAGUCAAGCAGCUGGUACAUGUACGAUGCGUUUUUAAAAACUUACGGCUCUCACGUGACUAAGAGAGUUUCACACGGAUCUAAACUGACUCGGUACAUUUUCUCAAAGUCAAGUGAGAAGAUCUCAUCCGCGCAGUUCCUCUGCAAGGUUUGCUCAACUGUGAAAGACCUCAAACUUAAGUACUGCUCCAACUUUACAGCUGAGGAUUACGCAAAGGUAGCACAUCUGGCUACGAGCGAAGAACUGACGGUUAAAGGAGGAUCUGCCGAGACCAGAGCUAAACUCAUGACAAAUGUCACUCAGGAGCUACUGGAGACGUUUCUAAUGGAGGCCAAUCUUACUGAUCAACCUGUGUCAAUACAGUACGAGAGUCUGUGGGAUCUCCUCCGAUCCAGAUAUCUAGGUUCCAGCCAUUUCGUAAAGUCCAUUAAUCUGGAGGCCUAUUAUCUCGGUAUGCUUAACACUGGCUGUGGUUUCAAGAGGGAUGGUGGAGUUGAUCUUAGAAAGUUUGUGUUGGUGGAGGACGAUCCUAAUGUACCGGGGUAUGAGUGCCAGCUAGCUCCAAUGGGUUGUCGUGGAGAUAACGACUGUCACAUUGGUGGAGCAGGUUCCACUUGCUAUUGCUAUGGUAACAGUUGCGUUGACAGCAAGUCCCUUUCUGAUCCUCGCCACAGAGUUCAGGAAGGACGGGACAUUAAGAGGGAAUAUGACGGGUCAAGUUCUUGGGACGGAGUGAACUGGUCCUGUCACUACCAUAUCGGGAUAUACUGUGUCUGUGACAAGUCGUGGGGUGGCGACUGGAAAACAGUCUGGCCAAGCGGCCGCCAUGGUUACAGGAGAAAUCUGGAAUCGUACCGAGAGGCACAGAGGAAACUUAGUAAGUUUUAUGGGAGACACUAACUACUACAGGAGACACUAAUGACUGGAAUAUCGCAUACCUCUUCUACAUUAUCUUCUUCCUGCAUUCCGAUAAAAUUGCUGGAGAGGGAGCUCGAGAGAGAGAGAAAAAACAACGCAUCAAAGAGGGGAUGAUUUUAUUUAUUUGCGUACAGAUCUCUAAACCUAAUUUACUGCCUCAAGACCAGUUCGUUCGUGUUUGUUUGUCUAUUCUCUGAGUAUUCCGUUACCUACGUCCGAUAUCCCCUGAUCAGUGGAAAUAUGUUUGAUUGCUAGAAUAUCGGGUCUGUUCUGACGUCAGCCUUUCUUAUUACGUUGCACCUGGUGAUUUCUAUUGUGAACCCACCUAUAACCAAUAAAGUAUUAUUCAUUCUAACUAGUUUAGCU